UCAACCCACCAUACACAUCACAAAUAUGAAGACCUUUAUUGUGUUCGCCUGUUUGGCUGUGGCAACUGCCCGCGCCGGAAUUGCCCACGGAGGUUACCACGGUCAAGGUUACGGUGGUCACGGAUACGGUGGACACGGCGGAUACGGUGGUGGAUACGGAUUCGCAGGACACGGUGGAGCCGGACUUAGCGGAGGUCUUGCCGCUGGUGCUGGAACCGCAGCCUCCCUUCAAGGAGGAGCAUCCAGCUUGGGAUCUGGUGGUCUUGGUGCCAGCUACGCUGCUGGUGCUGCUGCCGCUGCUGGUGCCGCAGGAGUUCAACAAAUCGUAUCUGGUGGAGUAACUGGUGGCAGGUCUGACAUUGGACCCGCAGAAGGACCAAAAGCCAACGUUGGACCCCAAAGCGGCCCAUCUGACCUCGUAGGACCCCAAGAAGGAGCUAAAUCCGUAGGAGGACCACGUACUGGACCCGCCAGUCUUGUUGGACCCGCUGCUGGACCAUCCACCCUUGUUGGACCAUCCCAAGGAACUGCCACCCUUGUAGGACCAUCCCAAGCUACUGCUUCCCUUGUUGGACCAAGCUACGGAGGUGUUGCAUUCUACGCUGGUGCCGGUGGAAUCAACGGUGACGACGGUAGCUCUGGCUCUGCUGCUGCUGCUGCUCCCGGUGCUGGAUUCGGUGGUGGAUUCGGUGGUUUCGGAGGUCCAGGUGCCAUUGCCGUGAUCGGUGGUGGUCCAGGAAUCCACGGUGCCAUCGGUGGACACGAUGCCGGAGUUGCUGUGAUCAACGGACCAUCUGGAGCCAUCCACGCUGGUCUUGGCUCCCACGGAGCUAUCAUCCCCGCCCCCAUCCACGGCCACGGCAAGUGGGCUUAAGUAUGUUCCAGGACCCCAGCGAUCUCGGUGCGGUGACGGCGGCAAACUUACCACAAUCAUACCCAUCUACGAAUCCUCAACCUGUACAUCUUUAUUCCAAAGCUCCGUUUAAUCGCGGAGCAUUGCAAUCAAGGAGUAGUCGGACAGUCAGUCAUUUGUGAGAUAAAUCGGCCUAAUCCAAGUCAACUGGACACCCAAAGUCAGCCAAUCUUUGCCCUUCAUUGAACGAUCACUAUUAAAUUUAACAAAUUACACCGUUUGACCGCAACGUCGUAGCAUCAUCAUCAUCAUUACGACAACAGCGUUCGACAAUGAAGACAUCUGAUUUGGUCACGACUCAGUGGACAAUUCAAUGAUAUCAACUGGGAGCUGUUCUGUUUUAUUGAACAUCCACGUUGACGUUGACCCACUGACAUCUUCCACCAUCAUUUGGCCGAUCGACUCACUCACAAACGCUAUCCCUUGAUGAGGUGGCCGCCUAAAAACGGUUUCUUCGUAGUUGUUCAACUCACUAAAGCAUAUAAGCAUACAUAUUUUUUUAUUACAUACUCGUCCAUGUCUUCUUCUUAACUUUUUUUUAUAUAUAUAUAAAUAUAUGUGUAUAUAUAUUAAGUACAUGUUGUGUUACCAUUUCUAUGUUACCGUAUAUAUAUACACAUACAUAAAUAUCCUUGUUAUAUUUGUGAAGAAGACUGAUGGGUUGUGGUAGGUCAGCCGUUCCUGUGAGUGAAUCAAUGUAUAUAGAUGGCGCGCCGUCGCCGGCCCUCGACCCCGCCCGCCCUCGUCAUACCCUUUCUAUGCGAUCACGACUAGCACCCCACCACCACCAUAGAUAGAUACCACGUAUUUAUAGCGUUUAUACAUUUAUACAAUACUUUAUAUAAAAAAAAAUA